CCAGUAAAUUAGAAGAAAGAGUAAAACUCCUCACAACGCUAACAACAGACUGGAAACUUUUCAGUUCUUAAGACAUCAUGGCUCCUGGAAGAGUGAUGGUCAGUCUACUGCUGGUGUCCGUGUUACUGGUAUUAGUUGACGAAACGGAAGGAUUUCUCAGCUUUUUCAGCCCCACUGACAUGAAGAAGAUGCUGGAGAAAGAAAAAUUAGGAAAGAAGUCAGUAAGCUUACAGCAGCGAUCAGAAGAGAGUGUACCAGGGGAGCUGCCCAGUGCUGGAUGGUACAUCGAGAAGACUGAGACAAGCUGUCCAAUGGAGAUUGGGGUGAGGUUGACCCCACAGCAGCUCAAGAAAUAUGGAGCCAUUUUAGCAGAAAUGUUGAAUCAGCUUCUCUUGGAGAAAGGAACAGCUGAAUAGCAGGAUUCUGCUUCCACGGUUCCUGGGAAACAUCAGUGGAGCCCCGUAAGGAAGAGAGAAUUGUGACCAGAAAAACCUAACUGUUUAUGUAACGCUAAUUCCAUGUGCUUUCAGAAUUAUAAUAAAAUAAACUAUUUUAACAAUACCA